AUGUUGCCGAUUUUUCGUUCAACUAUGAGUAAAUCCGUUCCGAAAUCAAUACGAAGUGCCGCGUGCUUGAUUAUUGGAGAUGAAGUGCUCAAUGGCAAAAUUUUGGAUACCAAUUCCCAUGAAUUUGCCAAGGUUUGCUUUAAUAGACUAAGCAUACCUCUCCGUAAAACUAUCGUUUGUGGGGACGACACAGAAGAUAUCAUAAGGUCGAUUAAGGUAUUGAGGCAAGAGGGAUAUGACUUAUUAGUAACGAGUGGUGGAAUUGGACCUACUCACGAUGACAUAACCUAUGAAGCCAUUGCAACAGCAUAUGACUUGAAAUGUGAGAUUGAUUCAAGUGUGAAAGAUCGGAUGCAGCAAUUGAGAAACGAUUACAUUUCAACUUUAUCUGCGCAACAAGCGGAUGCAUUUUACCGAAUGGCUACAAUACCACAAGCUACUGAGAAGAUUUCUGUUGAAAAGAUAUAUUGCGACGAUUCCCUUUGGGUUCCAAUUGUUGGAAUAGAUGAACAGGUAUAUAUAUUACCGGGAGUUCCUCAGCUCUUCAAAAAGCUUCUUGAUUAUUUAGCUGACCAUAUUAAGGGCCGUCUUGAGUCCAACAUCCAGCAUCGUUUCUUCAUCAGAACAGACACAAAAGAGAGCGAACUAGCACCCUUUCUCUCUCAAUUGCAGGGGAGAUGCAAUUCCGAAUUUGGUAUUAAUGCCGUUAAGCUUGGAAGCUAUCCCCAUUUUAACUGGAACAUGAAUACAAUCAGUGUCAUUGGAGAUAGCAACAUAGCUCAGGACAGGUUGAAACUCAUUGUAAAAGAGAUUAUAUCGUCCAUAGGAGGAGCUGCUCAUGAAAUCAGUCAAGAAGAAGAGGAUAGAUUGACUACUCUGGAUCCAAAUUAA